AUGUCGGAAACACCUGCAAGACCUUCGCGACGGGUGGCAGCCAGAAGGAGGAUGGUCGUAGAGUCUGACGACGAGGAAGAUCAGAUCGCACAAUCUCAGAUCAAAGAGGAAAGUGAAGAGGACUUCACCCCAGCACCCAAGAAAAGCCCGCGAAAGGCGCCAGCACCACGACGAAAGACUUCAAAUAUUGUCGCCAGUACACCAAGGACCGUUGGACGGCCGAAAAAGAGCCUGGCAAAUGAGAGCAUCGAACCCUCUGAAAUGUUUGACGCAGAACAAACGAUGACGCCCGCGCCAGAUUCCCCUACCAAGAAAGCGUCGCCUCGAAAACGUAAGAGCGUACCUAUUCGAGGUGGUCGCAGUUCAAAAACACCAGAACUACCUCCACCACUCCCAACUCCUCAACCUUCGCAGUCCCCUGAACCAUCUCUUCUACAAGGAACACCGCUCGCAGACAUCACAGCCUCCCUCAAUGAUCGCCCACGAACGGCAGAUAGUCAAGCUUCAGCUGUGAAGCCCAUCAGAGCGUUAGAUACCGUGUUGGAGAAGCCCAUGGAUAUUGUCCUGAAAUCAAGAUCCGCGACUGCUCCAGUGGUUGAGGAUACUGGACCAAAAGCUCGAAUCGUUAUUACCUAUCUUAUUCUUACGAACUUCAAAAGUUACGCUGGCCGCCAGGAAGUCGGUCCUUUCCAUGCUUCCUUUUCCUCUGUCGUUGGACCCAACGGUUCUGGAAAAUCCAACGUCAUUGAUUCCCUUCUCUUCGUGUUUGGCUUUAGGGCAAGCAAAAUGCGACAAGGAAAGAUUUCUGCGCUUAUCCAUAAUUCUGCUGCAUUUCCCAACCUUGAUUUCUGCGAAGUAGCUGUUCAUUUCCAGGAAGUCAUGGAUCAACCAAAUGGAACACCCCUAAUAAUACCUCAAUCUGAUCUUGUUAUUUCGCGAAGAGCUUUCAAAAAUAAUUCAAGCAAGUACUACAUGAAUGGAAAAGAGUCGAACUUCACCGUGGUCACCACUCUUCUGCGCGACAAGGGUGUGGAUCUCGACCACAAGAGAUUUUUGAUUCUUCAGGGAGAGGUCGAAUCUAUCGCACAGAUGAAACCCAAAGCUGCUAAUGAGCAUGAUGACGGACUUCUUGAAUACCUUGAAGAUAUUAUCGGCACUUCAAAGUACAAGACUCCAAUUGAAGAAUCAGCAACAGAGGUCGAGACUCUGAAUGAAGUUUGCGUCGAGAAGAGCGGGCGGGUGCAACAUGUGGAAAAGGAGAAGAAUGGCUUGGAAGACAAAAAGAACAAGGCCCUCGCUUAUAUCAAGGACGAAAACGAACUAACGAUGAAACAAUGUGCACUCUACCAAGUUUACAUUAAUGACUGCGGUGAUAACUUAGCUGUUACGGAAGAGGCAAUUGGACAAAUGCAAGCUCAACUCGAUUCAGAGCUAGAAAAGCACCAGGGAAAUGAGGAAGGAAUCAAACAGCUCGAAAAACAAUACAAAAAGGGCCAGAAAGAGUACGAUGCUCUGGACAAAGAUACACAAGGCAUCUUGAAGGAAAUGGCAAAAUUUGAUCAGGAGCACGUCAAGUUCGAGGAAAAGCGCAAGUUUCUAUUGAACAAGCAAAAGAAACUUGAGAAGGGCAUUUCAACCGCAGAAUCCGCUGCCACGGAAGCUGAAUCAACGAUCGAGUCGUGCAGUACGGAGAUUGAGCAAUCGGCAAAAGAGAUUGCUACAAUGGAAAAGCGCAUGAUGGCCGAGGAAAAAGAACUGACAAUAAUCCGAGAAAGCCUCAAAGGUAAGACGCAGGCAUUUUCAGACAAGAUCGCAUCAAAGCAAAAAUCCUUGGAGCCUUGGAAUGAGAAAAUCAAUCAGAAACAAUCUGCUAUUGCGGUUGCAGAGAGCGAACUUGCUAUCUUACAUGAAAAGGCAAAUGCAGGUGCAGUCGCCCUGGAAGAAACCCAAGCCAAGCUCGCCGUUAUUGAGGAUGGUCGCAAAACAAAAAUGGUAGAUCUCGAGAAAUGCAAGGCCGAACGAAAGGUUUUGGAAAAAGAAGCAGCCAAAGUUCAAAAAGAAUUAGAUCAGCUUCUGCAAACUGAACCAGAACUUCGCUCGCGGCUAUCAGGCGCACGUCAAAAAGCGGACGAAGCUCGUGCAAGCCUUUCUAAUACACAGACUCAAGGAAAUGUGCUCACGGGUCUAAUGCGACUGAAGGAAUCGGGUCGUAUCGAAGGUUUUCACGGCCGUCUUGGUAAUCUAGGUACCAUUGACAAGAAGUACGACAUCGCUAUUUCCACCGCCUGCGGGGCUCUUGACAAUUUUGUGACAGACACCGUCGAAGGAGGGCAGCAAUGUAUCGAAUACCUCCGAAAGACGAAUCUUGGACGAGGAAAUUUCAUGUGUCUAGACAAACUUGGGAGCCGUGACCUUUCCGAAAUCGAGACACCGGAAAAUGUUCCCCGUUUGUUUGAUUUAAUUACCGCCAAGGACGAGAGGUUUCGUGCCGCCUUUUAUUAUUCUCUUCAAAAUACGCUUGUGGCGAAAGAUCUUGCGCAAGCUAAUCGAAUUGCUUAUGGAGCGAAACGUUGGCGAGUAGUAACUUUGGAUGGCCAACUCAUUGACAAGUCCGGUACCAUGUCAGGUGGUGGCAAUACUGUCAAGAAGGGUUUGAUGUCGUCAAAGCUCGUUGCAGAGGUGUCAAAAGAACAAGUCACAAAGCUGGAAGUCGAUCGUGAUGAUCUGGAAAGAGAUUUCCAAGCCUUUCAAGAUCGCCAACGCGAGCUUGAGUCACAACUGCGAGCUCUUAAUGACGAUAUCCCACGACUAGAUACCAGAAUGCAGAAGAUUGGCCUUGAGGUAGAGAGUUCUGCCAAAAACCUAGCAGACGCUCAGAGGCGCAUUAAAGAGCUGAGCAAGGAACAUCAACCGUCACAGACAGACGAUAGUCGAGUAGAUUCUCUCCAGAAAGAUAUCAACAAGCUCAACAAAGAGAUUGACAACCUUCGAAGUGAGACGUCCAGUGUUGAGGAAGAAAUCAAAGCACUGCAAGAUAAAAUCAUGGAGGUUGGUGGCGAGAAACUUCGUGCUCAAAGAGCCAAGGUCGAUGCGUUCAAGGAGGAGAUUGCAGCACUCAAUGAAGCUCUUUCCACCGCCGAAGUCACUAAAGCAAAGGCCGAAAAGCAGAAAAGUAAACAUGAGAAGGAUCUUUCAAAAGCGUCGAAAGAGCUCGAAACCGCCAUUGCAGACCUCGAGUCCUUAGAACAGGAUAUCAAGAAUCAAAGCUCAGACGCGGAAGGGUAUCAGAACCGUGUCGACCAGGCUCAAGAAUCGCUUCGCGAGAAAAAGCAGGAACUAUCCACCGUCAAAGCAGAACUGGACGAAAAGACUUCUGCCCUCAACGAGACCCGUGCGAUCGAGAUCGAAAUGCGCAACAAGCUCGAGGAGAACCAAAAGGUCUUGGCUGAGAACCAGAAGCGACUGCGUUACUGGAAUGACAAAUUAGACAAACUCGCUCUCCAAAAUGUCAGCGACCUUGGCGAGGAAAUCACCCCGGAGGAGCUCCCUUCAUACACCAAGGAUGAGCUUGCAGAUAUGCGCAAAGAUUCUCUGAAAGCUGAGAUUGCCGCGCUGGAGGAGAAGACCCAGAAUGUCAAUGUCGAGCUAGGAGUCCUCGCCGAAUAUCGAAGACGUGUUGAGGAGCAUGCGGCUAGAAAUGCCGAUCUACAAAGUGCUGUCGGCCAGCGUGACACGGCGAAGAAACGUUGCGACGAGUUGAGACGACUUCGACUUGAAGGCUUCAUGGAAGGCUUCAGCACCAUCUCUUUACGGUUGAAGGAAAUGUAUCAAAUGAUCACAAUGGGUGGCAAUGCCGAGCUAGAAUUAGUUGACUCUCUGGAUCCCUUUUCGGAGGGCAUUCUUUUUAGUGUUAUGCCCCCCAAGAAAUCAUGGAAGAACAUCUCCAAUCUGUCCGGUGGCGAAAAGACAUUGAGUAGUCUUGCUUUGGUAUUUGCUCUACACCACUACAAACCGACUCCACUGUAUGUUAUGGACGAGAUUGACGCUGCCUUGGAUUUCAGAAACGUCUCAAUUGUGGCAAGUUACAUCAAGGAACGAACGAAGAAUGCCCAAUUUAUCGUAAUUUCCCUGCGUAAUAACAUGUUCGAGCUUGCCUCGAGGUUAGUAGGAGUAUACAAGGUAAAUCAUAUGACAAAGUCUGUCACGAUAGAAAACAAGGACUAUAUCAACGGUACCGCGUAA